UUUUCAGUAAGAGAUGCUAAAAACCUUGUACCUAUGGACCCCAAUGGCUUGUCAGAUCCCUACGUAAAACUGAAACUGAUUCCUGAUCCCAAAAGUGAGAGCAAGCAGAAGACCAAAACCAUCAAAUGCUCCCUCAACCCCGAGUGGAACGAGACAUUUAGAUUUCAGCUGAAAGAAUCGGACAAAGACAGAAGACUGUCAGUAGAGAUCUGGGAUUGGGAUCUGACCAGCAGGAAUGAUUUCAUGGGGUCGUUGUCGUUUGGAAUUUCUGAACUGCAGAAAGCCGGCGUUGAUGGCUGGUUUAAGCUACUGAGCCAGGAGGAAGGCGAGUACUUCAACGUGCCUGUGCCACCGGAAGGUAGUGAGGGCAAUGAAGAACUGCGGCAGAAAUUUGAGAGGGCCAAGAUUGCUCAGGGAACCAAGGUUCCAGAAGAAAAGACGACCAACAUCAUAUCGAAAUUUGACAACAAUGGCAACAGGGACCGGAUGAAACUUACUGAUUUUAACUUCCUGAUGGUGCUGGGGAAGGGCAGCUUUGGCAAGGUCAUGCUCUCAGAGCGAAAAGGCACAGAUGAGCUCUAUGCUGUGAAGAUCCUGAAGAAGGAUGUCGUGAUCCAGGACGACGAUGUGGAGUGUACCAUGGUGGAGAAGCGGGUGUUGGCCCUGCCUGGGAAGCCACCCUUUCUGACCCAGCUCCACUCAUGUUUUCAGACCAUGGACCGCCUGUACUUUGUGAUGGAGUAUGUGAAUGGUGGUGACCUUAUGUAUCACAUCCAGCAAGUUGGCCGGUUUAAGGAACCUCAUGCUGUAUUUUACGCUGCAGAAAUUGCCAUCGGUCUGUUCUUCUUACAGAGCAAGGGCAUCAUUUACCGUGACCUAAAACUUGACAAUGUGAUGCUGGAUUCUGAGGGGCACAUCAAGAUUGCUGAUUUUGGCAUGUGUAAGGAAAACAUCUGGGAUGGGGUGACAACCAAGACAUUCUGUGGCACUCCAGACUACAUCGCCCCUGAGAUAAUUGCUUAUCAGCCCUAUGGGAAAUCCGUGGAUUGGUGGGCAUUUGGAGUCCUGCUUUAUGAAAUGUUGGCUGGGCAGGCACCCUUUGAAGGAGAGGAUGAGGACGAACUCUUCCAGUCCAUCAUGGAGCACAAUGUGGCAUAUCCCAAAUCCAUGUCCAAGGAGGCUGUGGCCAUCUGCAAGGGGCUGAUGACCAAACACCCGGGCAAACGUCUGGGCUGUGGGCCUGAGGGUGAACGUGAUAUCAAAGAGCACGCAUUUUUCCGGUACAUUGAUUGGGAGAAACUUGAACGCAAAGAGAUUCAGCCCCCGUAUAAGCCAAAAGCUUGUGGGCGAAAUGCUGAAAACUUCGACCGAUUUUUCACCCGCCAUCCACCAGUCCUAACACCUCCUGACCAGGAAGUCAUCAGGAAUAUUGACCAAUCAGAAUUCGAAGGAUUUUCCUUUGUUAACUCUGAAUUUUUAAAACCUGAAGUCAAGAGCUAAGUAGAUGUGUAGAUCUCCGUCCUUCAUUUCUGUCAUUCAAGCUCAACGGCUAUUGUGGUGACAUUUUUUUUUCAUUGCCAAGUUGCAUCCAUGUUUGAUUUUCUGAUAAGACUAGAGUGACCGUGUUUCAGAACCCAAAUGUCCUCAGGUAGUUUGGAGCAUCUCUACGAGAUGGGAUUAUGCAGAUGGCAUAUGGAAAAUGCAGCUGCAUAAUUAACACAUUAUCAAAGUCCUCUUAACAAUUUAUUUUCUGUAGCAUGUCAGCUAAGUAGACCCAGUGGGGAGAGAAAAUGCCUGCUUUCUUUCCCUCUCUCUCUGCACUGCCAUUUUCACCCCCCCACCAUCCAAUCCAGAUUCUUCCUACAAAAGGAUGGCUAAUUGGAUGCUAGCAGUAUCCUCCCACUUCCAGGCCUGGCUUGUAUCCGAGUGUAUGGUUGCUUUGGCCUAGAGGAAGUCCCUCUAUUCUACUGUUCUGGAAGCAUCAGGGCUUUGAAAAGAACAUGUUCAAAAUAAAAUGUUAUUUUUUUUAACUUAAACCUAAGAAGAUUAUCAAAGUUCUAAAAUUCUAAGAAUGUGUUUUUAGACAGUUUUAAUCUAAAAGCACUUUGAGGGGUCAAAAGGCAACCAGCUUGGGUGCUAUCUCGUUGUUGUAGUUUCUGGUAGUAUAUGUCUCUGAUCACCCUCACCCCCAAACUACUCGAAAAGGGCAUUUGGCACCACUGCCUAAAAUAACACAGUCACUCUAGCAAGGUCCCAAGGGGCCAUGGUUUUACAUUACAUUUCAAACUUUAUUUGCUUUGGGAUUUUAUUUCUGUUGUUCAAAUGAAAAAAAAAAAGUGACUCACUUUGUUACACAUGCUUUAAAAUAUGUGUCCAAAUGUUAUUAACCACAAUGACCUGCUUUGAUUUAACCAAGACGGUGACCGACGGCCGUGGAGCCUAACAGACCCAUGCCUAUGGGAAUGGGGUUUGUCUAGGUUUGCUGCUGACUUUGGAAAGCUAAAUGCUCUGAGAAAGACACCAUUUCUUGAAACAAAGAUGGUUGUGUUCUUCCCUUUGAUGUUGUUUUGCAAAAUGUUUGUGGAAAUGUUCAUUUGUAUCUGGAUUUUUGUUAUGUGCCACUUUUCUUCUAGAAUCAAGAUACAAUAAAAAAAAAGAAGAAGAAAUGUUAUUUCAAGGAAAACUGCUCUUUUUGAAAAAUGUGGACCCCAAAAUAUGGAAAUAAAGUGGGGCCUGAGGAAGGAACUUGGGAGAAAGGAACUAAAUCCAGAGCUUAAUCCUGGCCCCAGUGUUCAGCCAGUCAGAGAGGCAGGGACUGUGGACUGUUCAGAGACUCCUGGUGACAGGUAGUGGGGUGGGAUGACCUGGUCAGAGCUUCCAAUGAUAUUGGAGCCCAAGACCCACAUUCUCACCAGAGUCAAGUUUAGAGACCAGCUGGGAACAUGAAUGGGGCUCUUAAUGUUCUUAUCAAAGUCACCAGUCCUCCCAGCUUGGACUAAAUAUUCUUUCUAGCAAGCAGCUUAGUGAGCUCCCCGAAGCCCAAGGAAACCCUUGGGUGGGAGAAAUUUCAUUUCUGUCUGAGCGGAUUAAGACAGCAGGUGACUCCUCCUCCUUGCCUACUGUGCCCUGCUAUUCUCAGGCAGCCCUAAAGAGAAUUCUUAUCACAGUUCAAGUGAUUUCCAGAAGUUCCCAGGUUUCUGAAAGACCAUCAACAGAACUUUGAAAACUUGACAAAUGUCCUUGAAGUAAGAUUUCUCAUCUUUAAGAAAACCAUGCUAAGGAGCUCCACUUAGGCAAAGUCCCCUGCUGUUCAUCCCUCUCUCCCCUUUUAUUGCUUCAGGUUUAGGGACCCUCCCUGCUGCUGCCAUUGCAGUGGCAAUCCUGGCCUAAGGUGAAACAGACUUGAAGUCUUAGCUGACAAGCUUAGGAGGUUAUAGAAGGAGGAAAUCAGGGCAGAACCCCCUCACUUCAUUGUUGAGGAAACUGGCAUCUGGAGAGAGGAAGUAACUUGCCCAAGGCCAAUCUGCUGAGAUACAAAUCCAGGUUUCCUGACCCUCAGCACAGUGCUCUUUCUGCUCUGUGCACAACAGGGUAGAUAUCUCUAAGCCAUGCCCACCAGCAGGCAAAUUAUCAGAGAUCCUUCAUCUGAUCCUUCAUCUGGGUUGUGCUCUCACUUUGCUUGGAUAUACUCUCAGGAAGAUAAAAAUCAUGGAGAAAUAGUGAGUCAUUGACAAAUGAUCUGAGGCAACUUGAAAGAACAAUGUCGGAUGGAUAUAGAGAGAUAGGUAGAUAGAUAGAUAGAUAGAUAGAUAGAUAGAUAGAUAGAUAGAUAGAUAGGCAUUAUAUAUAUAUAUUACACUCUACAUUUUCCAAAUUCUUACCAUUACUUUUCAAAAGUUUAAUAGUUUGCAGAAAUAGAUACUCAAGCCAAAGUCUCAGUUCCCCUAGCAUGCCUUCCUGAGGGUUGGUCAGAGAAGCCUUCUGUGGAAAGACAGAAUUUCUGCCAUUACCUUUUCUAUCUACAUUUUCAGUGCAGAGGAGACCCAGAAACAGAGCUCAUUUAAGAAAGGACAGGGCCAUGGCCACAAUGACCUUCUUGGGGGAUUAAGAGGAGGUCAGUGGAAUUAAUAACCCUCCUUGGAUGAGUGCUUCUAUCUCAUGUGGCUUCAGAUGCUCUCAACCCAAGGGAGUUACCCAACAGAGAGGCUCAUUCUCUCCCAACCUCCAGGGUAAAAUCCAGGAGUAUUUGCUAUAGGGAUCUGCCCAUAGGACAAACCCCAUUAAAACAAGUCCUGUCUGGACCCUGUGGCUGGCUGAAGCAUUAGUCACCACCAGCACCAGUGGGGAAGGGCAUCCAAAGUUGGGACUGAUGGGAAGGGAGCCUUUGCUGGAUGCCCACAGUCAGUGAAGGCCAGAUUGGAUUAAUAAGGCCAGGGAAGAUCUGAAAGCAGGCAGUUGCCUGUCUUCUAGGCCCAGAUCUUCCUGCCUUCUAGCCACACACAGCCCUGGAGCUCUCAGACCUUAAAGGGGCCUGACAAAGUUAAGUUCAUCGCCAGGGCUCAAAAUAGACAGUAGCCCACUUAAGAAACACUUGGGAUCUUUGGGAAUAAAUUCCACUGAUUUGCUUCAGAGUGAGUUCCCUGGCUCAGGGUGACUCUGGGUUGGAAAAAGUGAGGUGGCUUAUCCUUCGUCAAGUCUUAAUUCAUUGAUUCAUUCAUUCAACAAAUAAUAGUGAACCGCUUACUAUGUGCUAGGUCCUAUUCUUGACAUUGGAAGUACAACACAAGAGAAACUGACAGUGACUCUGCCCUUUCGGAGAGAAAUACUGAAUACACAAGACCAUUUCUGAAAGCCAUAAACGCAACAAAGACAAUUAAAAGGACACCGAAGCAUGACUUGUGGGGAUUGGGAGAGAGAUCACAGACAGUGUUAAAGGAAGAGGAGGCAUUUAGCUUCGCUCUGAACACAGGAAGUAACACAUCAAGUGCCUGGGGGAUGGAACCUCCCACAGGCCAGCACAGGCUAACAGCAGGAGGGACAAGGCAAAGCAGAGGGGGCGGGACAUGGUGGGAGACAGCCCGCCAUCUGCAAAACAGCUCCAUCGGCAUCUUCAACCUGCUCCACUCUGUCCACGCUCGCCCAAGUGUGCUCCUGGUACCCUGUUGCCCCCCUCACUUCCACAUUCCCAGACAGACACUGAAAGAAUAAAUAGGAAACUCCAUAGAGACAUUUUACAUACCUCAGGAGAGAGGUCCAAAAGAGGUCAUUCUUGUGCAAGGUGUUUUACAAAGGGGAAUGAGCCCAGCAAUGAGAGAUCCUUAUCAGUCAGUGCCCAGUAGAGGCUAAACCCAAUCCCUGAGUGGUGACUGGCCAAAAUCUAACAAGUCAAUCAUUUCUCAGUGACCACCCCUGUCUUUAUCAUUUACCACGACUCUGGCUCCAGCCUAGCAACCUGUCUGGUACUAGUGAGUCCCAGGCGUUAUUCCUUGGUUGUCCUGUGGUAAAACAGCCAUUAGACUGUCUCUCUAGUCAGAGGGACUGGAUGACGCACACUUAGCUGUGGUGUGGUCAGCCAUGAUGUGGUCUGCAAUCUUGGGCAAGUCACUUUUCCUGCCUGUGCCUCAGUUUUCUCAAAUGUCAAACAGUGGAGGCUGGGGACUCCAGUUCUACCUACUCCAGGUGAGUGUGGUACAGGUGGGAAGAGAUGCCAGACUGACAGGGACCCUUAGUGGUCAGAGCAUCCUGCAGAAGAUCUGUUGAUGAACCCACACUCUGAAGUUCCCUGAUAAAACUUGCUCCAAACUAUAGUUAGUAAACUGGGGUUCAUUUCUUCCCCACCUCCCUGCUUAAAAAAAAGAAAAGAAGAAGAAAGAAAGAAAUACUAGACUUAUUAAGAAGACCGGCUUGCUUUGUUUUGUACACGGGCUGCCCUUACAGACCUUCCUUGGAGCUUUGGGUUUUGUGUCUUACAGUGUGUUGUUUAGGUACAUGCUGUAAACAUCUUUGGAGAGAACCCCUGACUGAUGAAAACCCAGUCUUAGUCUGUAGGUGGGUUUUUGAACCAACCAUGGUAGCCCUCUCAUGAAGCAGUGAACUGAUUUCCCCACAUGACCAUUCUGCCUCCUUGGGAGCAGAGUAGAUAUGCAGCAGUUCACCUUUUCCAAGAAAGAGGCCUCCCAGCCACAGGGCUUGCUAUUGAAUGGUCUUCUCUAGGACACUCUACCUAAUGAUUAAUUCUAUAACAUUAAGCAUGUUAAUAAGUAGUUUCCAAUUCUAUUCAUCUCAAAGCCAAAGAAAAUACACCUCUCUCUCUCUCUCUCUCUCUCUCUCUCUCUCUCUCUCUCUCUCUCACACACACACACACACACACACACACACACACACACACACACACACACACCACUUUAUGGCAAUCUUUAAAGAAAUUCAAUGACUUAUUUCCUUUCUUAGAACAUUUCCACCAAGUUCUAUCCUGAAGCCAACAUACAAUGUGCAAUGAAAGCUAGUAUGUGUAAUGCAGCUGCUAGAACUUGUCGGCGCAGGACUCUUUCUGACUGUGCUCAUGAGAUGUCGUCAGCCUCCUGAUAACUGGCAUGUCUCGGUCCUGUUUCCUUCCUCUUAUGCUGUGUUAAUGUGUUUGCUUUCCGUUUGGCAGAGAGACAAGCGAGACACCUCCAACUUCGACAAAGAGUUCACCAGACAGCCUGUGGAGCUGACUCCCACUGAUAAACUCUUCAUCAUGAACUUGGACCAAAAUGAAUUUGCUGGCUUCUCUUAUACUAACCCAGAGUUUGUCAUUAAUGUGUAGGUGAAUGCAAACUCCAUUGUUGAGCCUGGGGUAUGAGACUUCAGGCCAAGUGUAUGUAUCAAUUCUAGUCUUCCAGGAUUCAUGGUGCAUAUGCUGGCAUUCAACAUGCGGAGAGCUUGUCCUCGAGGGCUUUUCUUUGUAUGUGUAGCUUGCUAGUUUGUUUUCUACAUUUGAAAAUGUUUAGUUUAGAAUAAGUGCAUUAUCCAAUUAUAGAGAUACAAUUUUCCAAACUUCCAGAAACUCAUCAAAUGAACAGACGAUGUCAAAACUACUGUGUCUGAUUCCAAAAUGCUUCAGUAUUUGUAAUUUUUAAAGUCAGAAGCUGAUGUUCCUGGUUAAAGUUUUUACAGUUAUUCUACAAUAUCUUCUUUGAAUGCUAAGCAUGAUUGGUAUUUUUAAAAGUUGUGAGUAAGCUUUGCAGUUACCGUGAACUAUUGUCUCUUGGAGGAAAAUUUUUGUUUAAGAAUUGAUAUGAUUAAACUGAAUUAAUAUAUGCAAA